GCGGCGGCGCUGCCAUUCCCCGGCUGCGCGGCCGCCUCCUCCCCUCCGCCUCUUCCUGGCCGCGGCCAGAGGAGCUGUGCUGGCAGCGGGGAGGCGGCGGCGGCGGCGCCCAGCUCCCGGCCCGCCAUGGCGAUCCGCAAGAAGAGCAACAAGAACCCGCCGGUGCUGAGCCACGAGUUCAUCGUGCAGAACCAUGCGGACAUCGUGUCCUGCAUGGCCAUGAUCUUCCUGCUGGGGCUCAUGUUCGAGAUUACAGCAAAAGCAGCCGUCAUUUUUGUUACACUUCAGUAUAAUGUUACCAUUCCUGCCACAGAAGAACAAUCUGCAGAAACAAUCUCUCUCUAUUACUAUGGCAUCAAAGACUUGGCUACAAUUUUCUUUUACAUGCUUGUAGCAAUAAUCAUACAUGCUAUAAUUCAGGAGUAUGUACUGGAUAAAAUUAACAGGAAAAUGCACUUUUCAAAAACAAAGCAUAGCAAGUUCAAUGAGUCUGGGCAACUCAGUGCAUUCUACCUUUUCUCCUGUGUUUGGGGAACGAGUAUUCUUGUCUCUGAGAACUAUAUAUCAGAUCCAACCUCUCUGUGGAGGGACUACCCGCACACUCUGAUUCCGUUUCAAAUGAAGUUUUUCUACAUCUUACAGUUGGCAUACUGGUUUCAUGCUUUUCCAGAACUGUACUUUCAGAAAACUAAAAAAGAAGAUAUCUUUCGCCAGAUUGUCUACAUUGGACUUUACCUCUUUCAUAUUGCUGGAGCCUAUCUCUUGAAUCUGACCCACCUUGGACUUGUUCUUCUGGUAUUGCAUUACUUCGUUGAAUUUCUUUUCCACAUAUCCCGUCUUUUCUACUUCAGUGAUGAAAAAUACCAGAAAGGAUUUUCACUGUGGGCAGUUCUUUUUGUUUUGGGAAGGCUUCUCACCUUGAUUCUCUCAGUCCUCACUUUUGGCUUUGGACUGGCAAGAGCAGAAGAUCAGCAGCUGAAUUUCAGUACUGGAAACUUUAAUAUCCUGGCUGUUAGAAUCAGUGUGCUGGCCUCCAUCUGCAUGACCCAAGCAUUUAUGAUGUGGAAGUUCAUUAAUUUCCAGCUUCGGAGGUGGAGAGAGCAUUCUUCUUCUCAGCCUCAGUCAGUGAAAAAGAAGUUUGUAUCAGCUAAAGGAAAGACCUCCAGAAAAGAAAGAGAAAAUGGAAUAAAUGGAACAGUGACCUCAAACGGAGCAGACUCGCCUCGCAGCAGGAAGGAUAAAUCCUCGUAAAACUGGGUUUUAUUAAGUUAAUUGACUAAUGUCCCCAAAGAAUCUGCUUUUUACAUGGAUGGCCCUUCAGCACUAGAAAUAUUAUGGAUUAAAGAAAAUACAAUUCAUGGUUUUUGAUUAUUGCUGUUGUUUUGAGAAACUUUUUUUAAAAAACCAUUUUGACUAAGGAAAAAGUUUAUCUCUCUUCAGAUACUUGGGGGGAGGAUUCAACACUUUUUAAAACACAUUGACGCUUUUUUAAAUAUUUACUGUGAUGAAAUAACUUACUUAAUGAGGAUCACUGUUGCAGUGUAUUAUUUCCUUCCAGUUUUUGUAAUCUUGGUGAUACUGUUCUACCAACUUCACUUUUUCCAAGUUCCUCAAAAAAUAUUGCAAAAUUGAAGUAAAAACAUUGUAUGCAUAUUCAGAUACUCUGGGUUUUCAGCUAAUUACCUUGACUCAAAUUUACAUUUCAAUUUGGGAUUCCAAGACCACACCAAUAGACCUCUUUAUUUGGUAGUUACUAUAGCUGCACAAUGUCUGCUCUAAGAAUUGCCCCAUAUCAUUAAAACAAAACUGAACUUA